AUGCGGGAAGAAGUGGGAAAAAAGAAAGAAAAAGAAAGCGUAAAGAAAAGUGUAAACGAAAAGUGGAAAAAAAAAAAAGAAAAGGAUGAAAGAAAAAGAAAAAGAAAGGAAAAGGAAGAAAAGGAAGAAAAAGAAAAAAAAGUAGAGAAGAAAGAAUGGAAUGCGGGAAGAAGUGGGGAAAAAGAAAAAAAAGAAAGCGAAAAGAAAUGUGAAAACGAAAAUAAGCGAAAAAGAAAAAAAGAAAAGGAAAAAAAGAAAGAAUGGAAGAACCGAGAAAAAGAAAAGGAAAAGAAAAAAAAAAAAGAUAAAGAAGAAAAGAAAGGAAGAAAAGGAAAAAGAAUGAAAAAAGAAGCAAAAGAAGAAAAGAAGAAAAAGAAGGAAAAAAAAAGAAAAAAAGUAGAGAAGAAAGAAUUGAAUGCGAGAAGAAGUGGGAAAAAGAAAAAAAAGAAAGCGAAAAGAAAAGUGGAAAUGAAAAGAAGUGAAAAAGAACAAAAGGAAAGGGGGGAAAGAAAAAAAAAAAGAAAACAAGUGGAAAAAAAAGAGAAAAAAAAGUAUAAAGAAAACAAAAGUGAAGAAAAAAAAAAUGCGGAAAAGAAAAAAGGAAAAGUGAAGAAAAAAGAAAAAAAAAGAAACGAAAAAGAAAAAAGAAAAAAGAAGAAAAGGAAAAAAAAAGUAAAGAAGAAAGAAUGGAAUGCAGAAAGAA